AACUGAGCGAAGACCCUUUCCAUGAGUUACGCGAUGCGUUGACUUACCUGGGGGCUUGUUCGUAAACGACACACUUCUUCACUGACUCAGUGACUGUUCCAUGAGAAAAUAGUUCGUUCGUUCGACGCCGAGUGUCCGUGGUGCGAUGGUCAUUGGGCACUGCGUCUGACAGUGACACCGUCUCUUUCUGCAGUGUCUCUGGUAUCGGACAACGGAUUCCCUAACAGCCCACAAUAUUUGCGGUAGCCCCGGCAAGAACCGUCGAUGUACUGGUGGUGAGAGCCCGCUGGUUAUUGGUAGCAGCUGCGGACAGUCCAUGUAAACAUAGUUGCCAAGCAGUACUUGAAGAUCAGUUAUCGACUAAUAAUUACGAUGCUGAACAGGAUACUGAGCCUGCGUCGUGGACGAUCGGUGCCUGUGGAUCUACCGGCGGACGAUGAACAAGCAUUUCACGUACUUUUGCCACUGAUUAUCUCGCAUCAAGACAAGCAGGCGGCUGACCUUCUCUCGUCGCCCAGCUGUACGUUCAAUCCGAACAUGCACCUAAGUCGAUCAGGAGACUCGCUCCUGCACAUAGCGGCUAAUGCCGGUGCCAUAGAGGUGUUGACGGUGAUGCUGAAGCGCGGUGCCGAUGUCAACAGCCGCGACAAGAAUCGCAACACGGCACUGCACCUGACGGCACGGGGCAAUCACCAGAGAUGCUUCGGCCGCCUGCUGGAGUUUGGCGCGGACAUCAACGCGUCGGACAAACGCGGACUGACGCCGCUGCACUGGCUUGCAGCCACGCGUGGACAGACGGAACUUCUGACGAUGGCAAUCGUACGCCACAAGGCUCUGGUGGAUGCCGCCGACUCGAUCGGGCAAACGCCGUUACACAUGGCCUGUCAGAACGGCAACCGUGCGGCCGUCACCAAGCUGCUGGACUACGGCGCAAACUGCGAGCAGCAGGACGAGAAAGGGCGCACGCCGCUGUUCUUUGCCUCACGCUAUGGUCAGGUGGAGUGCAUUCAGCACUUGCUUAAGCACGGCGCUCAGAUCCAGGCGGACCGCGAGAACAAGACGGCGUUGGACGUGUGCGUGGAAGGUGGGUACAGCGCGUGCACGCUGGCGCUGGUCGAGCACUUCCCCCAGCUUCUUGUGCCGCUGGUCAAGAUGGUGCUCUCGCGCGACAUGGACGAGGCCAAGACUCAACAGGCCUUGGAGUACCUGUGCCAGAAGAACCGAACGCUGCACACGCGCAUUGUGUAUGGCCUUGCCGAGCUGGCGGCUGGCUGUGGUAUGGAACUGAUUAGCUCACUGGAGAGUUGUGACAUCACCGUCGACAGUUACCUGUGCUCGGUGCGGAUCUUGCUGCAUUUGUGCAGCAAGCCACCGGCAUCGCCAGCUGAGCUAGCGCGAGAUCAACACCACCACCUGCACCCAGCCCGCAGCGCCUCCUUCUUUCGGUCAAUUGCACGAGCUGAGCCAGAGAAGCCGGCAAGUGCUGAUAUGGACCACCCGCUUGCUGUGUUUGACCCACUCUGGCAUCUCAUGACCCUAUGGUUCUGUGCUGUAAAAGAUGAGCUCCAAUCAGUAGCAGCAGCAGCUUCCUCAGUGGCGAGCGAGCCUUUCCAUAAAGUUCCGUCCAAGGCAGCUUCUUCAGCUUCAUCUUUGGAUGAUGUUCUGAGCACUGAGAGUGAUGUCCACUCAGCUAGCGGUGUGACGACCAGUCCUAUGUCUGGAUUAAGCUCACGCCUGCCCAGUGAUGGCUCUCUCAGUGAUAGUGGCCAUGGCAUUCACAUUGAAGAGCUCAACCUCCCAACGCAUGUGUCAGCACACGACCCCCCUCAUGCUUCCUCGGUAGGGAGUGGCCAGUUUGCUUCGCAUCGAAAACACCGCAAGGUUUCACUCACCCCGCAGACCCGAAGCCUGGCAACUGCUGUUGUGAAAGAUAUUCCGGUUCAGCUAUGCAAGGCACUGGUUUGCAAAGAAAGCAGUGAUGGCAAUCUGCAUGGAGGCCUGCCUCUUCUAGCCUGGCGCAAGCUGUCUCGACGCCAGGAUCUCCCGAGCACUGCAGCAUUACGCGAUAACCUGGCAUCAGUGGAUGACUAUGUGCCAGAGAGUUCUGAAUCUGACACACCUGCUGCCGAGCAACCGACAGAUCCAAGCAGCACCAGCGCUCAAGAGUGCGCGGAUGAAACGAGCAGCACUACACCAACAGCAGGCGCAACUGACAGGAUGCCUUCUGAGCUCAGAUCACAAGAGGGUGACGACGUUGAGGAUACGACAUCAGGUGCCGUCGUGGACUGCUUCACCGAUCGCCUGUGUGCCGUAGCCCGUUCCUACUUUAUGGUGUGCUGUGCAAAGGCACACAACGGCCCGGGCUUUGGUGUGCCCGACGAGUUUGUUCACUUUGUGAAGGAGCACAUGGCAGCAGUGAAGGUCCUUGUGCUUCGCAAACCGGAGCUUAUCUUCGCCCACUUUGCGUUUCUGCUGGAGAGCCCAGAGCUACUACGGGAAUUCACACAUAUCAUUCAUGCGCAAAAGUUCGAGGAGCGGCGCAAAUGGUUCUAUGAGAAUCUCCACGAAGGCAACUCAUCAACGCUGGAUUUGGACAACGUGAUAAGUGUGUCUCGUAGUGGCAUCUUCCGCAGCUCCUGUGAAGCGCUGAUGAGCAUGGAUGCAACAAAGCUCAAGAAUAAUUUCUCUGUCACGUUUGAAGGUGAGGAAGGCAUUGGUUCUGGCGUCCGGCGAGAGUUCUUUGAUCAGAUCUCCUCUGAACUGCUGAACCCGGACUAUGCGCUUUUCACACUAUCGGCUGAUGGCUCUACAUUCCAACCAAACCCGAACUCUGAAAUCAACUCGGAUCAUCUCAGCUACUUCAACUUUGUUGGCCGCCUAAUAGGUACAGCUAUCUACCACGAACAGCUACUUAGCAUCUACUUCACGCGCUCUUUCUACAAGCACAUCUUGGGCAUUGCCGUGGACUACAAAGACGUAGAGCACAUCGACCCAGACUACGCACAGAGCCUGCAGUGGUUGCUGGACAACAACAUCAACGACCUCGACUUUGAUCUGACGUUCUCGCUGGAGAAUGACGUCUUCGGCAGCAUGCAGGUCGUGGAGCUGAAGCCGGGUGGUGCUACGCGGGCCGUUAGCGACCACAACAAACGCGAGUAUGUGCGCCUGGUGGCAGAGCAGCGGCUAACCAGCGGCAUACAAGAACAGAUCAUGGCGUUCAUGAGAGGCUUCAACCAGAUGAUCCCUCAGCGGCUCAUCUCGCUGUUCAACGAGUACGAGCUUGAGUUGCUGAUGUCUGGAGUGCCGGAUGUCGACAUUGACGACUGGAGGGCGAACACGCACUAUAGCGGCGGCUACGACGAGACCAGUCAGGUAGUACUCUGGUUCUGGGAGGUGGUGGACGUGCUCGAUCACAAGGAGCGCAUUCUUCUGCUGCAGUUCGUCACCGGCAGCUCUCGCGUACCGCACGGCGGCUUUGCCAACCUGCCCGGUUACAGCGGGCCGCAGAACUUCAGCAUCACGUCGGCGCCGCAGGCGGACAAACCUGACAGCCUUCCGACGUCCUCUACAUGCUUCAACAUGUUCAAACUGCCAGAGUAUCCAAGCAAGGAGAUACUACAUGAUCGGCUGCUGGUUGCCCUGCACUAUGGCAGCCAAGGAUUUCAAUUUGCAUAGCAUGGUGAUUCUUGGCACUGGACACUUACUGUUCCCCGAAGAAUAGAACUUUAGAUUUUGAAGCUGCGCUUUUACGCCUUUCCCUAAGGGGGCGUUCCUUUUUGAUCUACAGGUUUGGGUAGAAACUACUUCUUUCGGUAGAGGUGUUCGUUUUUUGAAAAAAAAUUCUACUCAAAAGGGUAGAUUCUACUUUCCUCUACCGGCUCUACCGGGAAAAAGUUGGUAGAAUCCGGUAGAAGUUGGUAGAGCUACGGGAUUUCCAGCAAGAUCAAGGAUUUGUACACAACUCCAUAAAAAAAAAGAAACAUUUCACGUACGCAUCGUAUAAACUACUUGUACUAGAUCUGGUAGAACAGCGUUCGUACAGUACACUUGCCUCUACCAUCUACCUCUAUCGGUAGAGUUGUAGCGUUGGCACGCUAGUAACUCACACAGCUGCAGCGUGAAUCACUUUCAAUGUAUUGGUCACGCGUGUUACACCGCACCCGUACCCCGCACUUGCAACUCUGUACCGUGCUUGCAGAUCCAUGACAUGGAUAGUAACUAGUCUCACUGCGUUCAAUGUUUCAUUAUAGCAAUAAAAACUGC